ACCCUCACUUCUCCUCUUUUUUGACCUUUUUCCAUCAUAUGCCUCCACCAACUUUUUCCUUCUUCUUCUUCUUCUUCUUCUUCCUCCUCCUCCUUACCAGCCUCUCAUACAAUGGAAUCCAAGUCUUCUACCACCCCAAAAGCCCUGGAAACCAAGUUUGCUUUCAAAGAAAAAGUUGCGCCAAAGCAAGAGACUGGUGCAAUUGACUUUGACUUUGAAGAAGAAGAAGAUGAUGAUGAUGAUUACCCUUAUGGUGGUAGGGCGCUGUUUAAGGAUGAUGAUGGUAUUAACAAGAAGAAGAAAACGGUGGCUGCUGUGUCAGGUAGCCGGAGUGGUGGUGGUGGGGUGGGGUCGCCCUGCUGCCAGGCGGAGAAGUGUGGGGCUGACUUGACUGAUGCCAAGCGGUAUCAUCGACGGCAUAAGGUCUGUGAGGUUCAUGCCAAGGCAGCGGUGGCUGAGGUGGCCGGGCUCCGGCAGCGGUUUUGCCAGCAAUGCAGCAGGUUCCAUGAGUUGUCUGAGUUUGAUGAAGCCAAGAGGAGUUGCCGGAGGCGGUUGGCCGGCCACAAUGAGCGGCGGAGGAAGGGUGCAUCGGAGUCUCAGAAUGCAGAAGGGUCAGGCGGGAAAGAGAAGGAAAAUCAGUGCAGGCAAGCCGAGGAAAGAGCUGCGGGCAGAGUUGAGAUCAACCUCCCUGGAACCUCUUCUUAUAAGCAUUUCCAGAUCAGAUGAAAAAAAAAAGGGAAAGGAAAAAAUUCGAAGUGUUUUUGCUCCCUCUCUUCUGUCAUCAUCCUAUAUCAAUUUGGCCUUUGAUCUUUGGCCUCUCUUCCCCCUUUGAGUGAUUUGUGUUUAGGAUUUGUGGGCUAUUUGCAUGUGGAUUAGGCCUUCUGGGUUGGUGUGUGAUUAUGUGCCAUGUACUUCUAUGGUUAAUAAUGAUUAAUAAAUUAGAGUCCUUUUUGGGUUUUUUGAAA